AUGCUCCCUUCUUAUUCCCCCGACUCUGCUGCUGCAGCAGCAGCAGCAGCAGCAGCAGCAGCAGCUGAUCAGGAGCAGCAAAUCCCUGAUUCUCCCUCUGCUGCAGCUCCUUAUUCUCAUCUGCCUGGAGCUUGGGGGGCCCCCGGGGGGGCCCCAGCGUGGCCCAGCGCAGAAACUACAAGGGGGCCCCCACGGGGGCCCCCAAGGGGGCCCCCUCGGUACCCCUUCUCUAGUAGAGGGCCGUAUAUGCCUCCCCCCUCCGCUGCUGAUGCAGCUCCUGCAGCAUAUCCGCAGCAGCAACGGCAGCAGCAGCAGCAACUGCAGCAGCAGCAGCAACUGCAGCAGCAGCUGCAGCAGCAGCAGCAACAGCGGCAGCUGCAGCAACAGCAACGGCAGCAGCGAUUCCAGUUGCAGGUGCAGGAGCAGCAGGAGCAGCUGCUGCUGUUGCAGGAACAACGAUGGUCAGCUGCUGCUGCUGCUGCUGCUGCUGCUACUCCUUUUUAUGGAUUUGAGAUGGGGAUGCCAAGACAAAAAGAAGAAGAAAAAGAAAAAAAAGAAAAAGAAAAAAAAGAAAAAACAAAAUUCCCCUUACUACUUAAUCCUAGAUUUAUAGAUAUACAACAAAAAAGAAAAGAAGAAGAAAGCAGCGGCCCCUUCUAUGGUUUUGAAAUGGGCAUGCCGCAGCAGCAGCGGGGAGCGGGAGACACAGCAGCAGCAGCAGCAGCAGCAGCAGCAGCAGCAGCAGCAGCAGCAGCAGCGGGGGAGAGGCAGCAGGAGGGGGAGAAGACGAUACCCUCUCAUCCGUGGGGGCCCCCGGGCCCCUAA